AUGAUAAAUUUUGGGAAGGUUUUAUUAAGAAAAUCGUAAAUAACUUUAAAAGACAUGAAAUAAUUUAUGAGUUUACCAAUUGAUUCAAAUAAUGAUUAAAUUCCUAUAUAUUCGUAUGAUGAAAAUAUAAAGAUUGUGACAACGUAUGAUUUGGAAUAAUCAACAAAGCAUAUACCUAUAAAAGAUUAAGUAAUCCAUUCUAUAGCGCAUAUAGAAUAUAAUGCAAUGAAAUCAUAUAUAGAUACUCUUAUUAGGUUUAUAAAUUAAGUCCCACUUUAAUUCCAAAUAGAAUUUAAGGAAGACUUAGGAUAGAUUGCAUAUGAAGAAUUUUGCCAUUUUGAAUUAGUAAAUUAAUUAUGCAAAUAUGGAUCCCAACCAGUUCAUAAUAAUUUAUAAAAAAGAAUGAUUUUAACCACGAAUUCCCUUUUAGGAAGAUUAGCAGUUUUGAGCAUUGUUAAUGAAGGGAGAGGAAUGGAUACAGGAUUGAAUUUAAUCUAAAAAUUAGAAGGUGAUAAGAAUUAUGAAAAAGUAAUAAAAAAAAUAGUCUAAGAAGAGAGUAAUCAUGUUAAAAUUGGACUUAAAUGGUUUGAGUUAUUAUGCAGUGACUAAAGUCCUUAAGAAAAUUUUCUUAAAUUAAUGAAUGAUUAUAAGAUUUCCAGAAAUUGGAAAAUUAACAUAUAAAAAAGGAAACAAGUAGGUUUUAGUGAUGAAUGGAUUAAAUGUUUAUAGAAUUGGAAUUGA